UGCGAGUUGAAAUUCCUUUUCUCUAUUUCUCCAAAUCUCAAGUCCCUCGGAAAUAAGAUCCUCCCUCUUUCGAAAACAACCACUCAAAACCAAGAAACCAUGGCCGCCGCCGCUUCCCCACGCGACGAGAACGUCUACAUGGCUAAACUCGCCGAGCAAGCUGAGCGUUACGAGGAGAUGGUCAAAUUCAUGGAAAACGUCGUCUCCGCCGUACCUCCACCCGACGAACUCACCGUCGAGGAGCGCAACCUCCUCUCCGUCGCCUACAAGAACGUCAUCGGUGCACGCCGUGCCUCCUGGCGGAUCGUCUCCUCCAUCGAGCAGAAGGAGGAAGGACGCGGGAACACCGACCACGUCUCCGUCAUACGCGACUACAGGGCCAAGGUCGAGGCAGAGUUGUGCGAGAUUUGCGCCGGAAUUUUGAAGCUCCUCGAUGAGAAGCUUGUUCCGGCUGCUGGAACCGGGGAUUCCAAGGUGUUUUACCUGAAAAUGAAGGGAGAUUACCAUAGGUACUUGGCUGAGUUCAAGACUGGCGAUGACAGGAAAGCCGCUGCCGAAAAUACCCUCACCGCAUAUAAAUCUGCUCAGGACAUUGCAAAUACUGAACUAGGCCCGACUCAUCCUAUCCGUCUAGGAUUGGCUCUGAACUUUUCUGUCUUCUACUAUGAGAUCUUGAAUUCUCCGGAUCGUGCUUGCAGUCUUGCCAAACAGGCUUUUGAUGAAGCCAUUGCUGAGCUGGAUACUCUCGGAGAGGAUUCAUACAAGGACAGCACUUUGAUAAUGCAACUUCUUCGUGAUAACCUCACUUUGUGGACCUCAGAUAUGCAGGAUGACGGGACCGAUGAGAUCAAAGAAGCUCCCAAAAACGAGGACGAGAAACAACCGUGAAGCCCCCCAAUCUUUGUGGUAGUAUUUUGCUUCUCUUCUUGUUUUUGUACCGAAAAGUUGGUUCGUCUCACUUUCUCUUUCGUUGCUUGUUUUUAGUUGAUCAUGCCUGGAACUACCCAUCAAUUUCUUAGCAUUUCGCUGUACUAAUUGCAGUGAGGCAAUGUGCACUCUUGUUUUAUUGUUUGCUCGACAAUAAGGGAGUUGACAAUGGAGAUGUUUCCUAAGCUUAAUUUUUUUAAGAUGGUUUCUUGGACUUAUCACAUUCAUAUU